AUGAUCAUCGGCAGGUUGCUGUGCCUGUGCUGCAUCGCCACCUGGUAUCCCGAAAAGUUCGACCUUCGUCGAUUCUAUACGUGGGGAGCCGAUCUGAUGGAAGAUAACCUCCACUUUUACACUAUCCGGGGGGGGGACAGCAUAAUGGACAUCAAUAUGACGGUCCCGGCUCUGCUGCUGAGCAGGCCAUUCAAGUGGAUCGCAACAGCCUUUUUUCUCGCAGGUAGGAUGAACUACUGCCGUGCUAUUUCUACGCGUUGGGCCACCUUUCAGGCUUCGGCUUUUGGGUCCAUUUCGAGAAGCAAAUGAAUGACGUGUCCCCCAGCACGCUUCUAUCGAAGGAAGCGGGCAUCAUCAGUGGGCUUCGUGGAAUUAGCGUGAACCACUCUCGUGUCGCGUCUCUCUCUGUUGUGCUCUUUUUUCUGGUUUGUGAAGCAAUGUUGGGGAUCGGUCUGACGAUCAUCUCAUUGGUCGCCGAGCAUUUGUGGCUAAGAUUCGAGUGCGGACCCGAAGCAGACAGGAACGAGCUCGAGGACCUGGACAUCUAGGCAGUCGGACAGCCGGACAGUCGCCCUGGAGUCUGUGUCUCUCUGGAGGCGAGAUAGAUAAGCACUUUAAAAGGCCUCUACCGCUCCAUGUAUCUAUCGAGAGCUUAGACAGAGAGACCGGUCUUCAUACGCAAUGGGUGCAUGUAUGUGCUGAGGCGGUCUUUGUUUGUGCGUCAGUCUGUCUGUCUUCCCCCUAAAUCGACUCCUACUCUGCAAGGAAGUGUGUCAGGGACAGUGGAAAGGGACGGCCGCUUUGACAAUGAAGAAAUACAGCAGCCGCAGCGAAUGGUAUUGGCCGCCUGCAGCUCGCUUUCCGCCAGGGACCGAUCGUAGCAGAAUCCUCGACAGAGUCAAGAAGGAGCUGGGGCGCAUUCCUGAAU